AUGUUUAUUAAAUCAGCAAUUUUACUUGGGUUAAGUUACUUAUCUGUUGUUCUGUCGAAGGAAAUAACAGAUGUUAAAUACUCCGGAUUAUCUUAUUCUCCAGCGUAUUCUGUUCUUUACCCAGACCAAGGUUGGAUCGCCUCUUUUGAUUUCAGUAUCUCAGAUACUUCCUCGAUUGCUAAAGGUGAUACGUUUUCUUUAUCAAUGCCUUAUGUCUAUCGUGUUAAAUUUGAUGAUAAUGAUGAAUAUAUUGCUGUACCUUUAAAUAAUGGUACUAACGCCUUCCAGUGUACUGUCUCUCAACAAGCCGCUUAUCUGAACGAAGAUACUAUUUUAACAUGUACGGCUUUAACAGAUCUAUCUUCCUACUCUUCAAUCGAUGGUGCACUCUCAUUCGUCGUGGUUUUCAAUAGUGGUGGUUCAGCAUAUCAAUAUGAAUUAGCAGAUGCCAGUUUUUUUUCAGCAGGGACAAUGGAUGUCCCAUUAGGUGAUCAAAUGUCUGCUCCAAUUACAUUUAGUGCUGCCCCAGAGUUUACCGGUGCGUAUUCUAUUGGUCGUUCAACCACAUUCGGUUAUUUUGAAAGUUAUUAUGUUGGUAUGCAAUGUCCAAACGGUUAUUUGGUGGGUGGUGCUGGACAAAUUAACUAUGAUAUUGCAGAUGCCGGUUAUAGUUUGGAUUGUUCUUCUGUUCAAGUUAACAAAUCUGGUAAAUUCAAUGAUUGGUUCCUACCAGAAGAUAGCGAGGACUCUGGGGCUGAUGUCAAUUGUUUCAAUAAUGAAUUAUGGUUCACCGUUGGUGAAGAACAAUCUGGUGAGAUGAUCUGGGUAAAUGCAUUACAAUCCGUUCCAGUUGGUUAUAAUACUAUAAGUCAUGACAUUAAUCUACAAUAUACCUGUAUGGACACGAUGGCGUCAACCACGUACACUACUUCGUACACUAAGACAAGAGUCUACGUCAGUUAUGAAGGUGUAAACUCAGCAACUGCAACUGCUGUAUUAAAGCCUAAUGAUCCUUUAAAAACUACAACUACUACUCCUUGGACCGGUACAUACACCACCACCUACUCCACCGAGUCUACUUACACCACUGGUACUGACGGCUCCUCCACUCCAGAAAUUAUCAUCCAUGUUGAGACUCCAAACACUGUUUUGACUUCUACCACCACUACUCCUUGGACUGGUACAUACACUACUACCUACUCUACCGAGUCUACUUACACCACCGGUACUGACGGCUCCUCCACUCCAGAAAUUAUCAUCCACGUUGAGACUCCAAACACUGUUUUGACUUCUACCACCACUACUCCUUGGACCGGUACAUACACCACCACCUACUCCACCGAGUCUACUUACACCACUGGUACUGACGGCUCCUCCACUCCAGAAAUUAUCAUCCAUGUUGAGACUCCAAACACUGUUUUGACUUCUACCACCACUACUCCUUGGACCGGUACAUACACCACCACCUACUCCACCGAGUCUACUUACACCACUGGUACUGACGGCUCCUCCACUCCAGAAAUUAUCAUCCAUGUUGAGACUCCAAAUACCAAUAUAACUGUUACCAGUACUACUAGUAGUAUUAGUCUUUCAACUGAUAUCACAACCUCAUCUGAAAAAGUGACUAUCACCACAACAAAUAUUUCUACAACGAUAUCAACCAUAACAAGUUGCGAAGGAGGAUGUAAUCCUGAACUACCAACUACGUCGGUGGAUACCAAUACUUCGAGUGCCAACCAACCUUCUUCUUCCAAAUCUUCAACUGAUAUCUCAACAACUACCUCUGUCGAUCAAACGUCUUCUGUGCCAACUGUAGAAAAAUCAGUUGGUUCUACUGUUGUAAGAUCAUCCACUACAUUAACUAUCGAAGAAUCAAGCUAUAUAACUGUUGUAAGAACAUCCACAUUUAGUACCCAACCUUCAAGCCCUUCAACAACUGUUAACGAAACAAGUUCUGUAAUGACUAUCCAAAAAUCUACUUCAACCGCUAUUGUAGAAUCAUCUUCCACAUUAACAAUUCAAAAAUCAUCUAUUACUACAAUUGUCCAAACCUCUUCCUUACCACCUACCCAAAAUUUACAUUCCACUACAAUUUCUAUGCAUGUUACUUUCCCAAGUAGUACUUUAUCUUCAGUUCUAGUGCAAUACCCACCAUCGAGCUCCUUUUCAAAGCCUCCUUUGCAACCAUUCUCUUUACAGAUAAGUUCUAUUAAUACUCCACUCACUCUAUCAGAAUAUCAAGGUUUCGGUUCACAGCUACAAGCAAAUGGUAUUUUAUCUCUUCUAGCCACUUUAUUUUCAUUUAUUCUGUUAUAG